AUGCCUCGUUUGGAAAAAUCAAAGAGCAGAGAGACAAAAAGGCCAAAAUUAGACUGGAAGUUUGUGCAGAGGUUCUGCAGCAUCCAGAAAGUCCUCUUUCCAUCAUGGACCAGCCAAAGUGUUCUGAUGUUUGCAACACUCCUUGGUGUCACACUGACAGAGCAGCUGAUCAUUUACCAAGUGGGAAUCCUUCCCAGUCACUUUUACAAUGUGCUGGCAGACAAAGAUUACCCAGAGUUCCAGAGUUUGGUGGCCAAAGCUGUGGUGCUCAUUCUGCUGAACUCUACCCUGAAAAGUCUCGACCAAUAUAUUUGCAAUCAAAUGUACAUCAGCUGGAGGAAGAUACUAACUGAGAGUCUUCACACGGAUUAUUUCCACGGCAGAGUCUACUACACGCUGAACGUGCUCAGAGAGGAUCUCGACAACCCAGAUCAGAGAAUCAGUCAGGACGUGGAAAGGUUGUGCAAACAGAUGAGCACCAUGGCGAGUCGUUUGAUCAUCUCGCCCUUCACACUGGGUUACUACACCUACCACUGCUUUACCAGCACCGGUUGGAUCGGCCCUGUGAGUAUCUUCAUCUACUUUGUGAUUGGGACCAUCGCCAAUAAAAUUCUCAUGGGGCCGAUUGUGUCGACGCUGUUUGAGCAGGAAAAACUGGAGGGAGACUUUCGAUUCAAGCACAUGCAGAUCCGUGUCAAUGCUGAGUCGGCGGCUUUCUACAGAGCUGGUAAAGUGGAACACAUGAGGACAGACCGCAGACUGCAGACUCUGCUCCAAACGCAGAAGCUCCUCAUAAACAAGGAGCUCUGGCUCUACAUUGGGGUGAACACCUUUGACUACCUUGGAGGUAUCCUCAGCUAUAUUAUAAUUGCCAUUCCCAUCUUCAGUGGGAUCUACGACGGACUUACUCCUGGUGAGCUCAGCGCGCUCAUCAGUAAGAACGCCUUUGUUUGCAUCUACUUGAUCAAUGGAUUCUCGCAGCUGAUUGACUUGUCAACCACCCUGUCAGACGUGGCGGGAUACACCCACAGGGUUGGGGAGCUGAUGGAGGUGAUGGAUGACAUCCUACGCAAGCAGUGCGACUACGAUCCGGCAUCAGGGGAAAGUUACGACUUUGACAGUGACUUUCAUAUACACGCAGGCCCGGUGGACACCGCCUUCAUCCUGGACAAUCUCUCCUAUAAGUCUCCUUACUCGGACCAGCUGCUGGUGAAGGAUCUGAGUCUGAAGAUCGGUCAGGGAACCCAUCUGCUGGUGGUAGGGAACACGGGAACCGGCAAGACGUCUCUCCUCAGGGUCCUCAACCGUCUCUGGGAGGCGGACAGCGGUUUUGUCCAGAUGACCACAUGCUUCGGCCCCAGAGGAACCAUGUUCCUGCCACAGAAGCCGUACCUGACUGACGGCACACUGCGCGAGCAGGUCAUCUAUCCACUAAAAGACAUUUAUCCUGCUUUAGGAUCAGUGGAUGAUAGAAGAAUUAUACAAUUUCUGGAACAAGCAGGGGUGCCUGGUCUCCUGAAGCGGACAGGCGGGCUGGAUGAAAAGGUGGACUGGAACUGGUAUGAUGUUCUGUCUCCAGGUGAAAUGCAGCGUCUCAGCUUCGCACGUCUCUUCUACCUGCAGCCUGAAUACGCAGUGUUAGAUGAAGCCACCAGCGCUUUGACCGAGGAGGCGGAAGCACAGCUGUACGGAAUCUGUAAACAGCUCGGCAUGACUUUGGUCAGUCUGGGACACCGUAGCAGCCUGAAGAAGUAUCACGAUGUCCAGUUAAAACUCUUCGGAGAUGGCCGGUGGGAGCUGACAAAGAUAAAAGGCAGCACCAGUUGCCUCAAUGUCAAAGAAACCAUGUGACCUCAAUCGUGGAUUUAAUUGAUUUUGGCGCCACCUUUAAUGGGUGCACCAAUGUUUACAAAAGGAUCAACACUGGUUAGGUAACAAUCAAAAGUUUGGACACACCAGUAAUGUCUAUACUUUAUUUUCUUCUUAAAACUACAGAAUAAAAACUACAGAAAAAAAAUGAAGAUCAAAAAAAAUGAAGAAGCUGUUUUUCACUUAAAUUUGUAAAUUAAAAUAACAGUCUUGUGUGUCCAAAUUUUUGGCUGAUGUUAUAAAUUUGUCUGCUUUCGGUAAAUUAUUUUUGAUAAUGAUUUGUGGAUUCAAGGUGUUAUAAUAACCUGAUCAGAUAUAAAUGUUGCUCCAUGUUUGGCAGCUAACCUGGUGAGGAUGAACCGAGCCACUUACACUGCUGCUGGUUUCUUUUUAACCCAAAAUGUUGGGCCUAUUUUGCACCCAGGGUUCACUGCAACAGCAGAAUGACUUCAGAUGUUUGGUCCUGGCUUUCGCAAUCAAGUGUACCUUUUUCUUUCCUUUAAAUGUGCCUAAAAUGUUUGCAAAGUACUGUAUUUUGGGUCUACCAAUUUUAAGUUGUAUUAAUAGGUUAAAAACUUUCAGUAACAAAUUGGGUUUUUUCCUGGCUAUUUUUGUGACUCUGCUCCAAAACGUUAAUGAUUCAUAUUCUAUAUAAGCCCCAACAUUAUUAUUUCUUUUUCAUUUUGUUUAGUAAUACUGCUGACAAUGCAGCAAACAUACUAAAAACAUUUUAUCCUCAAUGUCAAGUGAUUGUAGCGGAUAAUAGACUGGGUACAAUGUUUCAGAUAUCAGAAUUAGGCUCUGUAUACUUAUUGGGAAAAUAUUUAACUACGUGAGCCAAUGGAAACACUAUGGUGUUUAUAUAAAAAAGGAGCCUUCAAAAGGGACUUAAAAUUAAAUUUUUAAUAGAGCAGAGCUAGAAAAUGGUCUCCUUCACUAGUCGCCUUGUUGCACAGUUUCUCAGUUUAAAAGAACUGCCUCGUUCAGACCGCUUUACUAUACAGUACCAUGCUGUUUGUAUUUCUUAAUCAUGGAUGUACAUAUAGUCAAAGACAUUCAGUGAUUUGGAAGUGUUCAUGCAUUCAUCUCAUUACUAAAAAAGACAAAAAAAAAAAAAAAAAAGUCCAAUUACUUAUGGG